CCAACAUUUAAAUUUAUAUCCCGCGCCCGCCGCGACGAAAAAAUAUUCCUCUGAUCAAAAUACAAUUUUUAUUUUAAGUUUCACAAAUUAUGGCGGAGGUAGCAGGAUUUAGUUAUAAACGAUACGAGAAGUCUUUAGGACUACUUACUACUCGAUUUGUGACAUUGUUACAAAAAGCUAAAGAUGGUGUUUUGGAUUUAAGAUCCGCUACCGAAAUAUUAGCUGUUCGGCAAAAAAGAAGAAUCUAUGAUAUCACUAAUGUUUUGGAGGGUAUUGGGCUAAUAGAGAAACGAAGUCAAAAUAGCAUUCAGUGGAAAGGUGCUUGCCAUGAUGGAAAUUCAAAUGAAAUUGGAGCAAAGGUGAAUUCCUUAAGGAAACAAAUAAGUGCUCUUGAAGAUCAAGAACAACUAUUAGAUCAGCACAUGCACUUUAUAGAGCAAAGUAUCAAAAACAUACUGGAUGAUUCGGACAAUCAGAGUUUAAACUAUGUCAGAGAAGCUGACAUAAGGAAGUGUUAUGAUGGAGAAAAAGAUCAAAAUAUACUAGUAUGUGAGUGUCCCCUUGGCACUGAAUUCUCAUGCAGCCAUAAUCCAUAUGAGGAAAAGGGCAGCAUAUUGCACUUAAAAUCACAUGAAUCUGUAGGAGUUAUAUUAUUAUGUGAUUUAAAUAAAGAAAAGGAAAUGGAUCUAGACGACACAGAUGAAGAAGUGGAGAGUUACACAGAAUUAGGAUUUAGUAAUACUUCAUCCAAUGCAAAUUACCUUCUACGAUUGAGUCCGCCCAUCACAAAAUAUGACUUCACAUUCUCCUUGAGCGGGUCGGAGGGACUGUGCGAUCUGUUCGAUAUCCCUUGCUAAUGUUCAUAUCAAUAUUUUUAAGAUGCUAUUUUAUUUGAAAUUUUAUUUUGUGAUCAUGUUGACUUUACAUUUUGAAGAAAAUCAUGUAAAUAUAUAAUCGAGAAUGUUCACGACGUGAAAAAGUUUAAGUGAAUAAAACAAAUAUUUCUGAUAUUAAA